CCGCCGCGCGCCGCUCCCGAACAGCUGGUGCCGAGCCAGCCUCGGCUGCGCCCUGUGUAUGUGAUAACGGCUUGAGCACGUGCAUGUGUGGGUGUGCUGUGCCAGUCUGCUAUGACUAGUCUAGCCACCGUAUCCAUCAGCCUGCUGCUCGGACUGGCGGCUGUGGCCAGCGCCCAGGAGCCGGGAGACGUGUACCUCGGCAAGUACAUCAGCAAACUCAACUCGUACCACCACCAGGUGUCGGGCGAAGUGUACGCCGUCGACGAGUUCACCAUCCUGAUCAAGGAUUUCUCCUAUGAUGGCGAGGGUACAGACACAUUUUUCUGGGCGGGCUCAAACAACCGGCCCGGCCCGCGAGGCUUCAUCCUGGCCAACGAGCACGGCAGAACGAACAUUUUGGAGCGGUACCUGAACAAGGACAUCACUCUGGUAUUGCCAAAGGAAAAGAGCCUGAGCGACAUCAAGUGGCUCGCGAUCUACGACCUGACGGUGCAGGACACGUUCGGUGAUGUGUACAUCCCGGAGGGGUUCGAGGCGCCACAGCCGCAGUGGCUGACAGGGCUCAGCCGGCGCGGCCACGGCGUCAACUCGGGACGCAUCCGAAUCAUCGACUCCAAGACUAUCGAGGUCAAGGACUUCAGCUACGACGGCACCGGAGGAGAGGUGUACUUCUGGGUGGGGCUCGGACCUCAGCCCUCCUCCAAGGGUGUCAAGGUGCCGGAUGAAUACGGAUACGUCAACCCUCUGCGCCGCUACGACAAGGAGGACGUACUGGUCACGCUGCCCGGCGAGAUGACCAUCUUCGACAUCAAGUGGCUGGCCGUGUGGAAUGUGGACGAGAAGCAGAGCUACGGCUGGACCAUCAUCCCGGACGGCCUGAACAUCCCACCGUCGCUGGUGGAGAUAAUCCCGAUGAAGACGGUGUUCCCGAACUGCGAGCAGCUGCACAAGGACCUGCAGAUCCGCUGGUCCACACACGGUCCGUCCAUCACCAUGGAGCUGGCGGCGCAGAUCGCGGAGGACGAAUACGUGGCGUUCGGGUUCAGCGGUUCUGACUCCAAGACGGAGAUGAUUGGCGGAGACGCCGUGGUGGCCUACAUCCAGGAGUACCUCACCUUCACCGAGGACUACACCCUGACCGCCCACUCGCCGUGCCUCAAGGUGCUGGACAAGCUGCAGGGAGUGUGUCCAGAUGAAAAGGUGGGAGGCAUAAGCAACUUCCAGUUCACGUCUCGGUCCAGAGAGGACGGCAUCACCUCCUUCCAAUUCAGACGGGACUUUGAUACAAAGGAUCCAGGCGACAUUGUGGUGUCAGACAAAGAGGACACCUACAUCAUUUGGGCCAUCGGGAAGCUGGACUCUGCCCUCAAGCCCACCUUCCACAGGCUGUACCCAAAACACAACGUUAAGAUCAACUUCAACCGAAGGCCCGAGGAAGUCAACUGCAAGGCAUUUACCUCGGUCCAACACCCGAAACGGGAUCCUUGGGGGCCGUUCCACUUCUCCGACAUCCACCUCAGGAAGAUCACAGCCCGCCUGGGGCCAUCCGGCGGCCUGCGGGGCUACACCGGCACCACAGGUCAGCUCUCCAACAGCCUGGCGUGGUACCUGCACGGGUACCUGGUGCCCGAUAUAUACCUGAAGCGCGGCCAGACCUACAAGUUCGUGGUAGAGGGCGGCAGAAACCCGGCCGACCCGGUGUUCUACCAUCCCUUCAUCAUCACAGAUGACCCGGUGGGCGGCUACGGUCAGCUGGACGAGGAGGCCCGCCGCGAGAUCCGGGUGCUGGCCGGCGUCGAGUUCACCCGGCGAGGCAAGCCGCAGCCCACGGCAGCGGGCCGCCUCUGCGUGUGGAAGCACCAGGAGACGGGCGACCGCCGUCUCGACGACGACUUCAGCGACUUCAAGGGCUUCCGUAACUCGCUGCUGCUGCACUGUGACAAGGAGGGCGAGCCAGCCGUCCUGGAGGUGACGCCCAACAACACUUGGCCGGCCACCGUGUUCUACCACAGCUACACGCGGCCGAACAUGGGGUGGCAGCUCCACAUUGUCGAUGAGCUGCCUGUGCUGGCGGCCGGCGGAGGCCGCAUCGUUUGCGGUCUGCUGACCGCGGCGCUGGCUGUGCUGGCUCUCGCCGCGUAGGCGCCACAGCAGCGGGAACGGAGCGCGCUGCGGCGAUGGCGGCCGCGCGCGCCGCGUUACCGUGCCCAGGACACAGCGCGUGGCCGGCGGCGACGUCCAGCGGCGGCAGCCGAGGUCUGGCGGCGGGUAGGCGGCGCGGGCUGACGGGCCGCCAGGGCUAUCGUGAUGUGACGCUGUCAGGGCGAUCACGUCCGCGCUGAAAGCAAUAUUUCGUGAGCAACAACAGAGGUGUCAUGGUGUUGUUGCCAAGUGAUCCAGCCAGUGCAGGCAGAUUCGUCGAGAAAACGAAGCAGGACGUGGGCGGUCGCGCAAGCGCACGCUCAGUGAUCCGGUAGUUAGCGAAACAGCGGUUUGUGAUGCAGGAACUGGGAGUGUUGCACAUAACCGUCCAACAGGCGUAUUGGUAUGCGAUGGACGAAUAUAAGAUGUCCACCUGUCAUGGUUUUG